AUGACCUACAUUGCAGCGGAAAACCCCAACAUCGUGGCCGUUGCCCUACACCCCGGUAUAGUGAACACGGAGAUGACGACCGACUCCUUCAAGCGCUUUGCGCUAGACACGCCAGAGCUGGUAGGCGGGGUGGGAGUCUGGCUUGCGGGAUGGGAAGGAGAAGACAUUGGGUUUUUGAGUGGAAGAUUUAUAAGCGCCAAUUGGGACGUGGACGACCUCGUUGCAAAGAAGGAGGAUAUUGUACAAGGCGAGCUGUUGAAGAUGCACAUCAACGCGAACCUAGGCACUGCCCAAUUCGGUCAGUGA